AUGGAUGAGGAGAAUCUGAGGAAGAGAGAAAAUAAUACAAUGAAAAAUGGGAAUCGACCACCUGACAAGCUGGAGUUGGAGAGCAUGAGAGAAAAUGAACCAAAACAUGUGGCUCUAAAACAACAGGUUGGUUUGAUCAGUGGUGUCAGCCUCAUUGUAGGAACAAUGAUUGGCUCUGGAAUCUUUAUCUCGCCUAAAGCUGUUUUAUCCAAUACUGGAGCAGUGGGACCUUGUUUGAUUGUCUGGUCAGCUUGUGGAGUCCUAGCAACAUUAGGUGCAUUGUGUUAUGCUGACUUGGGAACAAUGAUCACAAAAUCAGGAGGGGAAUAUUCAUAUCUCCUGGAAGCUUUUGGCCCGAUUCCUGCAUUCUUAUAUUCCUGGAUGUGUAUUGUUGUUACGAAACCUUCUUCAUUUGCUAUAAUCUGUCUGAGUUUUGCAGAAUAUGCAGCCACACCCUUCUAUCCUGGCUGUGAGCCCCCACAGAUUGUCAUCAAAUGUCUUGCUGCAGUUGCGAUUAUUUUGAUCACAUUCUUGAACUCAAUUAGCGUCAAACUGGCGAGCUAUGUUCAGAAUUUUUUAACUGCUGCCAAAUUGCUCAUUGUCGCUGUCAUCAUUGUGGCUGGGAUUGUUCUCAUUGCACAAGGAAAUACACAGAACUUUAAAAAUUCCUUUGAUGGAGCUCAAACCUCCUUUGGUUCGAUUAGUCUGGCAUUUUAUAAUGGACUUUGGUCUUAUGAUGGAUGGAAUCAACUCAACUUUGUCACAGAGGAAUUGAAGCAUCCCUACAGAAAUUUACCACUAUCCAUCAUCAUUGGUAUUCCUUUAGUCACUUUUUGUUACAUCCUGGUUAAUGUUGCAUACUUUACCGUGAUGACUCCCACAGAACUUCUGCAGUCUUCUGCGGUUGCUGUGACUUUUGGUGAUCGGGUCCUCACACCAGCUUCUUGGCUAGUUCCACUCUUUGUCGUAUUUUCUACAUUUGGAGCUGCAAAUGGUUCUUGUUUCACAGCCGGCAGACUUACAUUUGUGACAGCCCGUGAGGGUCACAUGGUUAAGAUUUUGUCAUAUAUCAACAUCAGACGUUUAACACCUUCACCGGCUCUACUGUUCAAUGGAUUUCUGGCUAUUAUCUACAUAAUUCCAGCAGAUAUUAACACCCUUAUAAACUACUUUAGCUUUGCUUCCUGGAUUUUUUAUGGACUGACUACAUUAUCACUAAUUGUCAUGAGAUUUACAAGAAAGAAUCUGAAUAGACCAGUAAAGGUCCCAAUCAUUUUCCCAAUUGUGGUGACUCUUGUCUCUAUCUACUUGGUUCUUGCUCCAAUCAUUGGUGCUCCAGAGUUGGCAUAUUUAUAUUGUUCACUAUUUAUUGUUGGAGGAUUAAUAUUUUACUUUCUGUUCAUUUACUUUCACUUCAGCUGGACCCGAAAAGUGAUGAGGCCUAUUACCAAACAUCUGCAGCUGUUCUUGGAAGUGGCACCAGCAGAGACUGAAAUGUAA